UGCCAACUCGCUAUCAGUCUUUCGAGGGAGCGUCGCGACGAUCGACGAGCGUCGAGCGAAAAGGAGAGAAUCGUUAACAUCUUUCCUCCUCGAGGAUCUACGAUCGAUCUCAUUCGAUAAUCUAAACCAGCGUUGUCGUCGACAAAUUUUCGAUAGCUCGAUCGCUCGGCGAUCGGCGCCACCCUCCUCCGCUCGAUUUUACCCUUUUCCUGCUUCGCUUCGAUUAUACUCUUUUUUUUCUUCUCUUUAUUUCUAUCACGCGUAACAUCGCGCUCAUCGACUCGUGAAUUUGUAAAUUUCAACGAUCGGUCUUAUCUCACACUUUCCGAAAACAUACGUCUUUGUUAAGAUCUCUAUAAAUGUCGAUGACACUCGCGGAGCACAGGGUCGUCGCGUCGAUCGAAAUAUCGAAGAAUGCCAGUAGGGUUUCUUUAGACGCUAUCGUCGAAAUCGCCUUUUCAAAUAGAAAAGGAUGUCCGUAGAGAUCUCGAGGAAGAGCUCUCCCUUCGACUAUGUUACGUUAACUGGUGUUAUUUGCGCGUCUUACGACUUGAAAUCGUGAAAUCGUGAAAACAUCGAAUUCGAUGGAUGAAUCUGGUGCGCUUUCGGUUAAAAACUGAUCGAAUCUACGUUCGAUAAUGGGAAGCGAUUGUUGUAAGUGCGCCGAUGGUAAUGGCAAACCUGCCAGAGGAACUUCCUCCGAUGGCUCGGGAUACCGCAUACGCGGCGAUCGACCGAUGCCAUCGAAUCGGUAUCGGUUGCAAAUGAGGGGCAAUAUCGUGCAACUGACGUUGAAACAGUCGCAAAAGGACGACACCGGCCAGUAUGCUCUGGUAGCGACGAAGAUCGGGCAACCUUUCGAAAAAGGAUCCACCAGGAGAAUUCAUUUGCGCGUCGACGAGCCCAGUUACGAGGAAGGCGAACCGCCGAUUUUUCUUCGAAGAUUGACGGACCUCGCGGUCAAAGUUGGCACCAGAACGAGAUUCCUCGUAGAAAUUCGAAGCUCCACGAAUCCGAAGGUAACCUGGCACAGAAACGAUCUACCCGUUCAAGCGGGAUCGAGGUUCUCCUUCGUACACGAGGGUAACUUUUACUGCGUCGACGUUGCACCGGUAAAAGUCGAAGAUCAAGGUAAUUGGACUUGUAUGGCGGAAAACCAAAGCGGCAGAUCAUCGUGCACGUCGCAUCUCAGCGUCAUCGUGCCGAAAGCCUACAAGAGGCCAGAAUUUGUGGAAGAACUUCGAGCUCUGUUAACGGAAACGGGAACUGUAUCGUUGGAAUGCAAAGUCGUUGGCGUACCAACCCCGGUAUUGAGAUGGUUCAAAGACAACAAAGAGAUCAAGGCCGGCGACGUUUUCGCGCUAACGGCCAAUCCUGACGAUCCUACUUCUUUGGGGAUUUACACCUGCGAAGCCGACAAUUGCAUGGGCACGGCAUAUUCCUCCUCGAAGGUACACGUCGUCGGUAAGGGUAGCCGAGAGGGUUCCUUAAAACCGGCAGACGCGUUAACGAGUUCGGGACCUCCGCCGGUGUUCAAACGAAUACUCCGUGACGAAUGUUGUAGAAUCGGCGAUUCCGUGACCCUCUCGUGUCAAGUUCACGUACCGCCAUGGCCAAAAUCGAUAACGUGGUACAAUCAAGAAGGGCGCAUAGAACCGAACGAAAAGUAUCACGUGAUGGAGGACGGUCUCGGUGGUUAUUCGAUAGAAGUGAGAUUGGUCGAAGCCAUGGACGAGGGCGAAUGGAAGUGCGUCGCAACGAGCACAGAAAAUGUUAAACAAUUUACGACGUGUCAUGUCGCUAUGAUCAUUCCAAAGAACUACAGGAAACCGCGUUUCAUGGAGAGCUUGAAGGCGGUUCUCACGGAGGAAGGAUUGGUGUCCUUCGAAUGCAAGGUCGUGGGUUUUCCAACUCCAUUGCUGAGGUGGUUCAAGGACGGACAGGAAUUGAAACCAGGAGACGUUUACCAAUUAACGGGGACCAACUCUUUAGGUUCUUAUUGCUGCAUCGCGAGAAAUUGUAUGGGCGAGGCAAAGAGUACCGCGGAGUUGACGAUCGAAGAUAUUCAGAAUCAGCUGAACGAGGAAGAACGUCUUCAACUUUUGAGCUCCGACAAGCCACCAAAGUUUAUCAGAGGUUUAAGGAGUUGCGAGGCGAAGAUCAACGAGGAAUUAUUCCGAUUCACGGUGCAGGUGAGCAUUUCACCGGAACCAGCUCUCUCGUGGUACAGAGACGACGUGGAGGUGGUCGAAGGUGACAGAUUCCGUACGGUCAAGGAGAAUCUUGGCACCUGUCAUCUCGAAGUCCGCCAACUUGAAAUUUCCGAUCAAGCCGAAUGGAAAUGCGUGGCUGCCAACGAUUACGGGCACAGCGUUACUUCCUGUUUUCUGAAAUUAAUCAUUCCUAAACAUUACAAGAAGCCGAAAUUCUUGGAGGGCUUGCGAGCAAUACUGUCCGAGGAGGGUGCCGUUAAUUUGGAGUGCAAAGUGAUCGGUGUACCCCAACCGAUUCUCAAGUGGUAUAAAGACGGCAUGGAAUUGAAACCAGGCGAUAUACACAGAAUAAUCACGGGCCAGGAUGGCACCUGCUGUCUGGGAACUUACACGUGCGAAGCUAUCAAUUGUAUGGGUACGGUCAGCAGUUCCGCCUCCCUUUUAGGUUUCGAAGACAAAGUCAAUGCUCGGAAGGACGCGAAGGAGGACGCGCAAUCGUCGCCGAACGGUCACGAGCUGGCAAGAAAUUUGUCGCUCUCGACGAUUCACGAAGAAAGGACGUCUCAAUUGUACGAUACCCCGCAAACCGAUCGUUCCGUCACUUUUGACGACAGAGGGGAAGUAUCGUUCAGUUUCGACGGUAAAGAGGUCUCGGUGAGCCUUUACGAAACUCCCGAUCUUACGGAAGAGGAAGCUCUGCAGAUCGUCGAGAUGUACGCCGAUCAAUUAUCCGAGCACGUCACGGAGCACAACGUUAUCGAAUUGCCACCGAUGAGAUUCGUUAAGGAGAGCUCGACCUCCGGUAAUCUUUUAAUGGAGGCUGUCGUGAUCGACGUUUCGCCGGAUUAUUUCGUCAGCGCCGAGGAUGGCGACGAUCUGAGGACGGAAGCGGAUUUCGAGGAUGUCUCGAUCAUGGACGAUCAGACCAGAGUCUUCUCUUCUCCGGAAGACGAAUCUUUGUCGUUAAAGAGAUCGGCCAAAUAUAGCUGGGAAGGCGAAGAGAAGCCGCCGACGAGACCGCCAAGAAAGAAGUCUACGAGUCGCUCCUCGUCUAAAAGCGAGGAGAAGAGCGACGAGAGGAGUCAGAGAUUCGAAUCGGAGAGUUUUCACAGCGCGCGAAAAGACGAGGAUCGACCGAUAUCACCGCUCUCGUCGGAAAGAUUGGACGACAGCGAGUGUACGACCUUCGCGGACGCGUUGUCGUCCGCGCGACUUUCUAUUUCCGAACAAAAUAAACAAAAUAAAUCGGCGAUUCGCGAGAACGAGGAAAACAGGGAGAUCCUCGCCGGCGAUAAAUCGAGCGCGGACGUAGCUAGAAGCAGCGACGAUCCGUCUCUCGAAGCGAAAGAAACGAGGCGCUCGCCGAAGAGAAAAGAAAAGAAGGAGAAAAGUAUCUCGGAGGAGUCUACGUCAUCGAUCGCAGCCGAUCUCGAUGGAAGCAAGGAGGAGGAGAAGAGGAGGAGGAGGAAGAAGACGGCAUCCGACGAGUCGUCGUCGUCGAGGAACGACAAAGAGCGUAUUUUGAAUAAAAUUAAAAGAUUGACGGAACCCGUCGUCGCGAUCCGCGACUCCUUGGUCGACAUAGAUCGUUACGAUAGAUUUUUAGAGCUCGAAAGCGAGGAACGAUCGCGAGAUGUAGUUUUGGAGGGGAUCGUAAAACCGAUUCAAGCUCUUUGCGAGGAAGUGUCUUCGAUAGAGGCUGAAGCUUUGAAAAAUGCGGAGGACAGGUCUCUCGGUCAAACGAUAAGGAUAUCCCUGCUGGAAGGUGUCGGUGGACCGACCGAAGAACUUCUUCGCGGAAUCGAAUUGAUAGACCGACAACGAAGCUUCAAGGCACAGAGAUCGGACGUAAUAGCAAUUUUAGAGUCUUUGACCGAUCCGGUCGACGAAAUUCUGACGGGUCUGACUAGAAUCGAAUACGAGUUGACUGGCAAAGCGAGAGGAGAAAAACCGGUGUCUUUUCUACGAAUGCGCCGUGCCGUUUCGCGAUUGGACGAAAGUUUGAAGAGCCUUUCCAAGGAGGGUAGAGAACCCGUCGAGUUGCUUUCGUUCUUGGAUGAACUUACAGGGACGUUCAACUUACUCCUGCAGGAUGUUUCGAUAAAUCCAACGACGGGUACGAUAGAGACGGUGGACACGGUGCUCGUAGAGUCUUUGUCAAAAUCCAUCGAGGACACCGUCAGAGCGAUUAAUCGGACGGAAUCGACCGAACGGCGUCCAGGCAAAGAGGUUUCUCGGCUGACCGAUCGACUGUUGCAACCUGUUCGAGAAUUAAGGGCCAAGCUCGCGACGUUGACGGUCGCGUUAGAGACUUAUGAAGAUAAGGGCGACGUUAUUACGGAACGUCGUGCCGAAUUGAUAGCCUCCUUAAGAGAGUCCGUAAACGUCGCGCUCGUGGAAAUUCUCGAUUUUCAAGAGAGAGGAGGAACGGAGAAGAAGGAGGAGGAAUACGAGGCGUCGAGGGACGAUAGCCUUCUCGAGGAAAGCAAGUGCGUCUUCGAGGAUACGCGAUCGGCGCUUCGGGAAGCUCUUGAAAUUUACGAGACGAUAUCCGGUUCGUUGGAUCCUCGAUUCGCGGCCGUGUUCGACGGAAUUAGCGAGACGUACGAAAAAUUAUGUCUACGGGAAAAGGAAGUCGAUGCGGUCGAAACGUUGCUCGGUAUGGAGGUGCAAUUGAACGUUCUACGAGACACCUUGACGGACGUCUCGACCAUCAAAGAUUCCGCCAACGUAUUGAAACUUUUAGCUCCGUCCGUAAGUCGUUUGACCGUCGCUGCGAAAUCGUUGAAUCUCUCGUCCGUCGUUCAACCGAUUCUGUCGAUUUGCUCGAAUAUCGAAGACAUCAUUCAAGGAGCUGACGUAAAUCGGGAAAGCGACAAGGCGCGAUCUUUGUCGUCGUCUUUGUCGGCUCGGGACGCAACGUUGUCGGAGAAACUUCUCGAUCCGUUGAUAGAGGUUCAGGCGACUCUGAGUGCCGUUAUUCAGGACUUGGAAGAUAUCAAGUCGACCGUAAACGGCGGUGGCAUCGCUCGAGAACGGAUGCUCGUGACGCACGAAUUUUCCUCGGUCUUGAUAGAUCUAAGACAAUGCGUAUCCGACGCGGCGCACGCGGCGAUGUCCUCGAAGGAAAGCGAGAUGUUUCAUUGUCUGACGGACGUCAAGGAACCGCUGCUGGAUCUUCGAGUUAUGCUGGCGUCCAAGGACGAAAGCGCCUUGGGGGAAUUGGGCGUGUCGACGAAGAGAACGAUGUCGGCGUCGAUCGGAAGAUUGCAAGACACGAUGGCAACGAUCUUAAUUACUCCUUCGUCGUCGAACGUUACGAAAUCGAUGAAAGCGGAAACGAGAGAGAUCUUGGAGAUAAUGAAGGAAAUUCAGGCACGGAUGCCGACGUGGUUGGUCGACGAUAUCGUAAUAGAUACCAUGCACGAUCGCAAAUUGGAAGAUCUUAACGUGGACGAAAAAUUGGGUAGCAUCAAUUACUCUCUGACGUCGGUCCUGGAGAAACGAAAGGAGAUCGGGGUCUCGUCGUUGUUGGCCAAUUGCGUGGAAGCCUUACGGGAGAACGUCGCGAGCUCUGCCGUAGCGAUCGCUACCUUGAAAACGCCAAAGGACGACGAAACGAUCACGAAGGAGGUGUCUCGAUUGGGAAAGCCCUUGCUGAUCUUGCAGCGGGCAUUGUUGACCGAAGAUCGCAAAGUCGAGGAAGUAGUAAUAUUGAACGAUUUGAUAAAUCCUAUCGGUAGGUUGAAAGCACUGAUGGAGGAUAUUGCGAAAGCCGGCAAAUCUUUGGAAGAAAUUAUUCCCGUGGUAGAGCUGUUGGAGGAAAUAGAAAAGGACGUAACCUUGAUCGCCAAAGAAACUUCCAAGAAAAAGGGCAAAUCGAUAGCAGGUCGCGAGGAAAGGACGUCGUCGAGCGUACUGGCCGAUACUAUAAGUCGUUCUUUAGAUCCCAUACGAAGUUGGCUGUCGUCGACGUUCGAGCAGGACAGUACGAGGGACGAAGAAGCGUCCGCUCUGAGCUCGUCGGUCGACGAACUUAGACGAGACGUUACGAGAAUCGCUAUAGAAACGUCUUAUUCGGAGCCACCGAGCGAUCGGAGCCUGAUCGAAGCUCUGGCCGAACUUCGGGAACCUUUGAUCCGAUUGAAAAACGCGAUCUCGAUCUAUCACGAGCCCGAGGAUCUCUCUGCUCUGGAAACGUUGAGUCGACCAAUGAGGUACCUUUUAAAGACUAUAGCACGCGUUUUGGAAGACCACGCAGGGGAGGAAUCACUUUGUUUGAUUUUAGAUAUCGUUGAAGAGAUAGAGAAUCAGAUACCUAUAUCUGUCAAGGAAGCGCUUUAUAAAAGGGAGCUGCGACAGGUUGUCCAGACGUUGGAAGAAAAUAUCGAGGAGGGAACGCCGGAGAUAACGCGGGAGAUCGAGGGGAGUGUCGUGGUAGAGCCGAGCGAGCAAAGUCGUCGAAGCGCGACUCGUGAGUCGCGACCGAGAGGGGAUGUAAUUACGAAGGACUUUACAGUUUCCCUGUCUAAAAUGCUCGAAAACGUUGAAUUGGAAGUUACCGGUAUCAUCGAGGAUUUGGAAGAACCUACGACGGGAGUAAUGACGAUUCCCCAGACGAAACUGAGCACCGCUCUCGAGGAAUUUUGCAAAACGAUCUCUACCGUGCGAACGGAACUGUCCGAUCGCGACAAACAAGUCGUUCCUAGUUACGACCUAGAAGGACCACUUUCGAUGAUUAAUCACUUGUUAAAACCUUUGACUAUGAUCGAGGAAGCUCUUGAUUCGACCGAAGAAUUAGACGUAGCGGAGCUUUCGAUCUUGAAUCGCCUGGAACGGCCCCUGGAAGACACGGAGAGAUACGUUCUACUUCCGAGUCUAGAAAUAAGCGGAAACGACCGAUCGAGGGAGAACUUUGAGCGACUCGUUCGAGUAUUGGACGCGACGAAAGCGAGGAUACCGAUUGCCAUGAAGGAGGUAAGCUCGAGAAAGGAGAUUUUGGGAUAUCUCCGGGACAUAUCGAAACCGCUGGAAAGCAUACAGGAACAGAUGAGAGGUCUCGAAACGAUCCCCGAGGAGACGUUGGAAAAGGACGUCGCGAGAAUUCUCGUUGGACCGAUAGACUCGCUGUUACGAGUCGUCGACGCGAGCUCGCAGCAGACUCGAAUUCUCGAUCGACGUAAGGAGGUAAUAAGGGAGAUGAGGAGGAUGACCGGGCCGUUGGUAGAGUUUCUCAGUUGUCUCUCGGUGGUCAAAAGUAGCCGCAAAAGUUUAGUUCCGGAGGCAACGCUGCUCGACGAAAGGAAAAACGUCAUUUUGAAGGCCGUCGAGGAACUUCGUCUCGAAAUCUGCGACAUUCUCGAAAAAAUAGCGACCGUCGAGGACGGUGGCUUUAUCGAGGAAUCGCUGAUAUCGUUGAACGAUGCCAUUUUGUCCGUUCGGAAUCAAGUGGAAAGGGCGGAUUACACGCCAAGACCGAGUAGCGCGAGCAUACGUUUCCAGAAUUAUUUCAUGGGAUCGUUGAACCGAUUGGGAGAAACGAUCGACGAUCUGGAAAAAGGAACGGAAGAGUCUCCUCAGAAGAUCGUCGCGAAAUCCUUGGAGCCUCUUAAGAAACAAAUAUCUUUGUCCCGGUCCCAGUUCUCUCAAACUUCCGAUCAGUUCGUCGACGAAGAAGUCAUCGUCGAAGGAUUUUUGUAUCCGACGAAUCAACUUCGGUCAGCGCUGAGUGCCCUGAAGGAGAGCAUAGAGCGCAGCGAUGUAACGGCACCGCUUACGAGCACCUCCUUAGGAUCGCUGGAAAAUUUGGCCGAUGCGAUCGCCGAUCUGGCACAUUCGUUGUCCUCUCAUCGAGCGGGCUUGAUCGGCGAGGGCGUGUCGGAAGGCUCGUCCAUCGUAGAGACUUUCUCCGCCGCUUUGGAGGUGUUAGAGAACGUUAAAACUUCCAUAACCAGCAUUCGGGAUAUGACGCUUGGUAAGAGAGCGAAAGUGGAAUCGACGGAUGAGGGACACCAAGAGGACAGUUUCGGAGCGGAGGCUCGACUUGGAGCGGACGAGAGCACGCUGGAAGGAGACAAAAUUCCAGCAAGAACGGAGGAUCAGCCUGCGACGUCCGAACGGUUCGGCUUAACCACGAGAAAAGAGGAAGACGAGGACGAAGGAAAGGAGACGGUAGGAGACGACUUUGAAGAUCUUGACGGAUCAAAGACGGAGGAGAGAGAGAAAGCGCGGGAAGAAGAAGACGUUGGAAACGAGCCGCGGCAAACGACGGGAAUGGCCCUUGUGAGUUUACCCGACGAAGGAAUCGAGCGAGAGAUGUCUCGGCAGCGACUCGGUGCGAAAGAACGAGAAGAAACGGCGAUUGACGAAGCGAUCGAUGAGAGCAGCGUUAGAGAGAACGAUCGAUCGGGAGCAAAAUCGCAACUCGAAGAGCAGAUCGAGGAAAAGCUCGAGACGACCGCGACGAGAGAAGAGAAAAAUCAUGAAACGACGUUGGAAGAAGGUAUUACCGAACGGAAAACCGAAAAUGCGGUGGAACGAGGAACGACGAAGGUAGACGACUCCGGUGAAAUUCGGACGAUCGAAAAAAUCCCGAACGAAGGGGACGAAGAAAUUCCUUCGGAAAUAUCCAAGAUAUCGGCCGAAAGUAAAAAACAUUCGGAAGACCGAGACCCAAAAUCGAUGCCGACGGAAACUGUCGUAACCGUGAUAGAAACUGUCGUCGUCGACGAGAUCGUUCGAGUAUCCAAAGAGGAAGUAGAAAGCGUAACGAUCGUCGAAGAGAUUCUACCGGCCGGCUUGGAUGCGCGACGAGAUACGUCGAAAGAAGAAACAGCGACGACCGCGACGGAAUCGAUUUCUCGAAAUUCGAGCGAAUUACGAUCUUUGGGAGAAAAUGCGUUAACGCGAAAGGACGUUAAGCCGGACGAGCGAACGAGCGACGAAACGGCGAAGGCUAUUAAGAGCGAUGAAACGGAAUUCGUAGAAACGAGAGAGAGCGUACGAGUCGAUAAAAAUACGGAAAUAAUCAAACGAAUAGUCUCGAGCGUGAAGACGUUGGAAACGCCUAUGAGAGAUUUAACCAAAUUUAUAAAUUCGGCCAAGAAGGAACCGCUGCCCGUUAAGUCCGAAGAAGAGAAUAGAAAAAUACGAGAGCUAACGGCUUUGAUACAGAUACUGAACGAUUUACGGGCGACGAGCGUUUCCAUACGUUGCUCGCCCGCAUUUUCCGCAUACUCCAACUCGGAAGAUCUAUUUUCGAAUAUAAUCAACUCCGUGGAUACUAUGGAACGAGCUACAGCUAGUAUUCUUAUUUUGACGCAAGAACAUCUUGUACCUGAACUCAAAGAAAAAUCCCUCCUCGCUCUGAAGAAUCUCGCGAAGCCUUUGGAGUCGAUAGAGAAAUCGUUCUCGGCGGUACUACAGGUUGAAGGAAUAUCGAGAUUGAAGACGGAGGAAAGAAACGGAUUAUCAACGGCAAUGGGGGAUCUCGUCGGGAUCGUUUCUGCUCUUAGGAAAACCGUUUGCGCCAUCGACGACGCGAGAUCGGUAACGAUCGUCGAGGUCGCGAAACCGAUCGAAACGGAUCGAGCGGGACGACCAUCCGUGGAAACGCUCGUCGCCAACUUACAACCGGCUCUAAAGGAGGCGUUAGAAACUUCCGCCGUUUCCCCGACGGAAGGGAUAACGCGCGAAGCUGCGGAGACUCUGGAGAAGGCUAAAGAAGACAAAGACGGUGGUAAGACGAUCGACGAGGUGGAAAAAUCGUUGAGAACGUUCGAUACGUCGACGGUUGCGUCCGGGGGAUCGGUGAUUGCUGAAACCGAAGACGUGAGCAACGAAGGAACGCUGUAUUUAGAAGGCAAGCAAGAUUUUCAGGAGCAACGCGCGGUCGUUGCGGUCGAUCGAGAAGAAUCUCUUUCGAUCUCGAUCCAAAGUACGUACGUUAAAUGCGUCGAGAAUAUCAUCGGUCCGGUCCAGGAGUUACGAGGAUCUCUUUCUCAAACGGGACAAGUCGCGUUGGCACGUCCUUUGGAAGAGUUGGAAAAAUCGCUGCGACUCCUAGCGACUCGAGUCGCGGAGACCGCAACUGUGCGGGAUGAGAGCGCGGAAGAAUCGAGACGGGAGCCGUUCACGUUGCAACGAGCCGACGUCGCACUCGUUUUACAGGAAUUACAAGAAUCGAUAGCUACGAUCGAAGAGCGGGUAACGCUCGAAUCCGUCGCUUCAUUCCCUUCGGAGAUUACGUCGGCAGCAACGACGGCGGAAGUGGCGUUAUCUCUGAAAAAAUUACGAGAUUCGACUGCGACGUUGCAGCAGCUCUUUGAUAGCUCAGUACCGACCAUCGGAGCUACCGCAUUACCCUUGGAACGUUUCGCUGUGCUCGCGGAAGGAGCGAAAGAUCGAAAGGUCGACGUCGACUCGCACAGAGAGAUCAAAGAAGAAAACUUUGCUCGAGCGAAGGGCGUCGAUCGUGCGGCGACGACGCCGUCUGUCGGAGAGUUGCGAGAAGCAAUCAUGGAUUUGGCAAAGUCAGAGAUCGAAGAAACGGGUACUUUGCAGGAGACUGGACUUGCCUUCGCUUUAAGCAAAUGGGUCGAGCCAUUGGAACAAUUGGAAAAUACAGUUUUCUCCGUGCUUGACGAACGUUCGGACGCUCCGUUCGAAGGAUCGUCGACCGCGACGACGACGUUAGAAGACCUGAAAACUUUCGUACGUCGUACCGAAGAAUGUCUUACGAUCGGUCGGAAGAAAUUAUCUUUGAUCGAGGGUACCGAAAGUUCGUCGUUGAUGCGAGAGGCUACCGAAUCUCUGGAAGAUCUCAAAACGUCUAUAGCGAGCGUUCGUCGAUCGGUGAACGUAGAGGAUUCCAACGAGCGGCUUUCGGACUUCGUUAACGUCCCGAUCUCGGCUUUGCAAGAUUUGGCGAAGGCCGUGGAGGAAGUUAAGAGAGACUGCGCGGUCGUGUUCUUGGAACCAAAAAUCGCAGAAGCGCUCGAUACAGGGUCCGGUAAAAGAACGCCGAUAAAGGAAAACGUAGCGAUACUCGAGGACGUCGUAUCGCCGAUUCGUCUUUUGCAAGAAUCGAUAGCGACGAUCGAACUGGGAAAAACGUACGAAACCGAGGAGAUGAAAGUCGCGGAAGAGAAAAAGCCUGCAAGUUCGUUGAGUACUCUCGUGGAUCCGUUGCAACGAUUGGAAAAGAUAUUUGUCGCUGCUACGCAUAGGGAACCCAGAGUGAUCCUAGAGGAAACGGCAAAUCUCCCGGUAAGCGAAGAAGGCCCGAAAAUAUUGUCCCUUUCGCCGAUACUCGAGGAGAUGGAUCGAACUCUGGCGACGAUACAAGAGCAAGUAACGUUGGAAGGAGGGGCAGAGAGCGCGUCCAAGAGCGACGGAAAUACGUCACAGUUGAUGCAAACGAUCGCCGAGCCGGUGGUCGAAUUAAGAGCCUCCAUAGCGGCCAUCCAGAAAGUCGGCGAGAUUGCGAGCGAGCAAAAUCUGCACGAAUUAUCAGAUAGGGAAAACGUAAGCGCGUUGGAGACAUUCGCGAAAUCUUUGUACGAAUUAGCGGAAAGAAUCGCCGUAGUUGACGAUCAACGGGCGAUCUUCGAGCCCGCGGCCGACACAAUGUCCGAAGGUGCGUCUUCGUUAAAAACUUGGGCGGACAUAGCGGAAGAUGAGUCCCCUGUGAAGGUAACGCGAGCGAUGACGGUCGAGCAAGGCACCGUUGAAAGCCCCACCGAGGCUGUUUCGCCCUUUUCCGAGGAAGAGGACACGAUGCUGAGGACUCUCGCGAGGCCGCUCGACGAAUUGCGAGAAUUCCUGGCGUUGGUCGUCGAAGAACGAAGAACGACCGAGACGACGUCGCCUUUUACCCCGAAGGAAGACGCUUCCUUGACGAAGUCCAUAGCGAAACCGUUGUUGGAACUGAGAAACGUUGCCGCCAUGGUAAUCGAGGAAAAACUGGCUAUCGAAUCGGCGAGAGAGAAAGCGUUCGGCGAAGAUGGGGGUCCGGCGAUGUCGAUCGAUCCUCUCAUUCAGCCUCUCGAAGAAGUUUGCAAUUCGAUCGCGAUCAUUCAAGAUCAAAUACUCGUCGAAAGCUUGCAGGAGGAACGUCCCGUUGAAAAUGAAUUAGCGGUACUGAGCGUGCUGGCCGAACCUUUGCUCGAUCUUCAAAGGUGCAUUUUGGUGCUAGAAGAACGAGUUAUAUCACCGGACGUUGAGCCCUUGCCGCAAGAAUUGUCUAAAGCCGACUGGACGACGAAGGAAUGCGUGGCGACUACGACGUUACAAGAGAUCGAAAAGUCGAUAGCCGAAAUUUGUGAACGCGUUACCGCUAUUCAAGCGGAUACCGUCAAGGCUAACGAACCGAGUAAGAUUACCACGCAGGACCGAAUUAUCGUUGACAAGUUGAUAGAACCGGUCGAAGGUAUCAUAUCUGCGAUAUCGAACGUUGGGGAGGAGAUAUCACAAGGGACGGCUGUCGAACGCGGGAUCGAGUAUCAAGCUUUGAAGACGCUCGUCGAUCCGCUCAAAGCCGUUUCCGUCAGCUUUUCUCUCUUACGAGACGAAGAAGCCGGCUUAAAUGUCGACCAAGAGGAAGCUAACAUCGAAGUAAUGGUCGAGUCUCUUUCAAAUUUGGAGAGAUGUAUUUCUAUCGUCGAGGAACAAGCGAUCGGCAAACCACUUGCUGAUCCAUUGUACGGCUCGGAAGUCGAUAAAACCGUUAUGAGUACCUUGAGAUUGCCACUGGUCGAAUUAAAACGCACCAUUUUAGAGGUGGAGGAUUCCCCGACCGAGUACCUUCAAAACUUGGAAAAACCAUUAAAAGAUCUUUGCGCGACUCUAGAAACGAUAUCAACGGGACAACAAAAUCCGACGGCAGUUCAUUCGAUGACUCGGCAUACGUUGCCAUCUAUAGAAAUGACCAAAUUGUCGAUCAAACUAAUAGACGUCAUCGUCGGUAUUAACGAGUCGCUCGAGAGUGUAGAACGUAAGAUACGGGAUCAAAUUGGACGAACUGAUAUUGAGGAAUGUACCGAAUGCGAAGAAUUAGAGAUGUUCAACGCGCCUCUUCAAGAGUUGAAAAAAUGCAUGGCGAAAGUUCAAGAAGAAGGUACGCUCGAAAAAGAAAGGAUAAUGGUAUCGCUCGGUAAAAUCCACGAACCCAUUGCUGCCCUUAGAAAGCAGCACGCGUCCAAAUCAAUUCCACAAUCUGCGGACAUUUACGAGAAUCAGAAGAUUGGGAUACUUCAACCGCUUUCUCAACAUUUGGAUGACUUGGACGAUACUAUAGCGUCCAUAGAAGCCGAAGAAGAUGUGACGAGCGAACGUUUAGAAGCAUUGGAAAAGCCCCUUCGUAAUCUAUUCCAGGGUCUCAAUGAUUUGCGUGAUAAAUUAUUGAUCGGAAAAGUUCUUUGGAUGACUGACGAUAGGGUAGAAUCGCGUGAAGAAAGUGACACGAAAGAACGAAAAGAUGAUAAAAUGGAAGAUACAGAAAAAACGGAUCAAGUACAGCCACGCCAAGAAGAGCUAACGGAUCAAAAUCUAAGAAAGGAAGAAACUGAGAAAUUCAAACGCGAAGAGGAAGUAAGUCAACAAAAGGAAGAGCAUGAGAAACUUAAGAGGGAGGAAGAAGAACGCACAAAUAAAGAAACUGAGAGACGGAAGCUUGAGGAGGAGGAAAGUAAAAAGAAAGAGGAAGUUGAAAAACUCAAGCUUGAAGAGGAGGAACGUAGAAAGAAGGAGGAAGCUGAGAAACUGAAACUCGAGGAAGAGGAACGUAAGAGUAAGGAGGAAGCUGAAAAACUCAAGCUUGAAGAAGAGGAACGUAGAAAGAAAGAGGAAGCUGAGAAACUAGAGCUUGAAGAGGAGGAACGUAGAAAGAAGGAGGAAGCGGAGAAACUGAAACUCGAGGAAGAGGAACGUAGAAAGAAGGAGGAAGCUGAGAAACUAAAACUUGAGGAGGAGGAACGUAGAAAGAAGGAGGAAGCUGAGAAACUGAAACUCGAGGAAGAGGAACGUAAGAGUAAGGAGGAAGCUGAAAAACUCAAGCUUGAAGAAGAGGAACGUAGAAAGAAGGAGGAAGCUGAGAAACUAAAACUCGAGGAGGAGGAACGUAGAAAGAAGGAAGAAGCUGAGAAACUAAAGCUUGAAGAGGAGGAACGUAGAAAGAAGGAGGAAGCUGAGAAACUAAAACUCGAGGAGGAGGAACGUAGAAAGAAGGAGGAAGCUGAGAAACUGAAACUCGAGGAAGAGGAACGUAAGAAUAAGGAGGAAGCUGAAAAACUCAAGCUUGAAGAAGAGGAACGUAGAAAAAAAGAGGAAGCUGAGAAACUGAAACUUGAGGAAGAACGUAAAAAGAAGGAGGAAGCUGAGAAACUAAAACUCGAGGAAGAGGAACGUAAGAGUAAGGAGGAAGCUGAAAAACUCAAGCUUGAAGAAGAGGAACGUAGAAAGAAAGAGGAAGCUGAGAAACUAGAGCUUGAAGAGGAGGAACGCAGAAAAAAGGAGGAAGCUGAAAAAUUGAAACUCGAGGAAGAGGAACGUAAAAAGAAAGAGGAAGCUGAGAAACUAAAACUCGAGGAGGAGGAACGUAGAAAGAAGGAGGAAGCUGAAAAACUCAAGCUUGAAGAAGAGGAACGUAGAAGGAAGGAGGAAGCUGAAAAACUAAAACUUGAGGAGGAGGAAUGUAGAAAGAAAGAGGAAGCUGAGAAACUAGAGCUUGAAGAGGAGGAACGUAAGAAUAAGGAGGAAGCUGAGAAACUAAAACUUGAGGAGGAGGAACGUAGAAAGAAGGAGGAAGCUGAGAAACUGAAACUCGAGGAAGAGGAACGUAAGAGUAAGGAGGAAGCUGAAAAACUCAAGCUUGAAGAAGAGGAACGUAGAAAGAAAGAGGAAGCUGAGAAACUAGAGCUUGAAGAGGAGGAACGUAGAAAGAAGGAGGAAGCGGAGAAACUGAAACUCGAGGAAGAGGAACGUAGAAAGAAGGAGGAAGCUGAGAAACUAAAACUUGAAGAGGAAGAACGUAAAAAGAAAGAGGAAGUUGAAAAACUCAAGCUUGAAGAGGAGGAACGUAGAAAGAAGGAGGAAGCUGAGAAACUGAAACUCGAGGAAGAGGAACGUAAGAAUAAGGAGGAAGCUGAAAAACUCAAGCUUGAAGAAGAGGAACGUAAAAAGAAAGAGGAAGCUGAGAAACUAAAACUCCAGGAGGAGGAACGUAGAAAUAAGGAGGAAGCUGAAAAACUCAAGCUUGAAGAAGAGGAACGUAGAAAGAAAGAGGAAGCUGAGAAACUAGAGCUUGAAGAGGAGGAACGUAGAAGGAAGGAGGAAGCUGAGAAACUAAAACUUGAGGAGGAGGAACGUAGAAAGAAGGAGGAAGCUGAGAAACUAAAACUUGAGGAGGAGGAACGUAGAAAGAAGGAAGAAGCUGAGAAACUAAAACUCGAGGAGGAGGAACGUAAGAAAGAGGAAGCUGAGAAACUGAAGCUUAAAGAGGAGGAACGUAAAAAGAAAGAGGAAGCUGAAAAACUCAAGCUUGAAGAAGAGGAACGUAGAAAGAAGGAGGAAGCUGAGAAACUGAAACUCGAGGAAGAGGAACGUAAGAAUAAGGAGGAAGCUGAAAAACUCAAGCUUGAAGAAGAGGAACGUAGAAAGAAAGAGGAAGCUGAGAAACUAGAGCUUGAAGAGGAGGAACGUAGAAGGAAGGAGGAAGCUGAGAAACUAAAACUCGAGGAGGAGGAACGUAGGAAGAAGGAAGAAGCUGAGCAACUAAAGCUUGAAGAGGAGGAACGUAAAAAGAAAGAGGAAGCUGAGAAACUAAAACUCGAGGAGGAGGAACGUAGGAAGAAGGAAGAAGCUGAGCAACUUAAGCUUGAAGAGGAGGAACGUAAAAAGAAAGAGGAAGCUGAGAAACUGAAACUCGAGGAGGAGGAACGUAGGAAGAAGGAAGAAGCUGAGAAACUAAAGCUUGAAGAGGAGGAACGUAAAAAGAAAGAGGAAGCUGAAAAACUCAAGCUUGAAGAAGAGGAACGUAAGAAAAAGGAGGAAGCUGAGAAACUAAAGCUUGAAGAGGAGGAACGUAAAAAGAAAGAGGAAGCUGAAAAACUCAAGCUUGAAGAGGAAGAACGUAGAAAGAAAGAGGAAGCUGAGAAACUGAAACUUGAGGAAGAACGUAAAAAGAAGGAGGAAGCUGAGAAACUAAAACUCGAGGAGGAGGAACGUAGGAAGAAGGAGGAAGCUGAGAAACUAAAGCUUGAAGAGGAAGAACGUAAAAAGAAAGAGGAAGUUGAAAAACUCAAGCUUGAAGAAGAGGAACGUAAGAAGAAGGAGGAAACUGAGAAACUGAAACUCGAGGAGGAGGAACGUAAGAAGAAAGAGGAAGCUGAAAAACUGAAACUCGAGAAGGAAGAACGUACAAAGAAAGAGGAAGCUGAGAAACCAAAGCUGGAAGAGGAGGAACGUAAAGAGAAAGAGAAUGCUGAGAAACUAAAGCUUGAAGAGGUGGAACGUAGAAAGAAAGAAGAUUCUGAAAAAGUGAAACUUGAAGAGGAGGAGCGUAAAAAAAUGGAGUAUUCUGAAAAGUUGAAAGUCACGGGAGUAGAAGGGAAGAAGGAGGAAGAAGUUGCGAUAUCCAAAUCCGAGAAGGAAGAUCAUAGAGAAGAGGAAGAAGCGAGAAUCGAAGGAAAAAGUAAAAGGGAGGUUGAAAGGGAAACGGAGGAUGUAGAAGAGACAAAAUCGAAGGACGAAAGAAAAAGGUGGGAGCAACGAAAGAAAGAAGAGGAAGAAAAAAUUAGACGAGAGGAAGAAGAAGAGAGCAGAGCAGAAGAAGAUAGGAGGCGUAAACGUAAGGAACGUAGAAUGGCGGAGGAGGAAGAGACGUUACGAAAGGAAGAAGCCGAAAGGUUAAGAGCGGAAGAGGAGCGGAGGAAAAGGAAAGAGGAAGCUGAACAGAGUAGAAAGGAUCGAGAAGAGAGAUUAAAGAAACAGGAGAUGGAACGUUUGGAACGUAGACGUGCCGAGGAACGUCAGAGAAAGGAAGAUUUUGGACGCAUGAGAAAGGAGGAGGAAGAAAGGAUGAAUAUAAGAGAGAAGGAGAGGCAAGCUAGACGCGAGGAAAGCGCACGAUUGCUCAAGGAGGAAGAGGAUCGAUUGAGGCGGAGACACGAGGAGGAAUUGUCCGCGAUAAAUAAAAGACGACGGGAAAGGGCGAGGGAUGAGAAUUGGUCGAGACUAAGGGAGAACGAAUCUGAUAGAUUUUUGAGAAGCGUAGACGACGAAAGAGGCAGGAGUAGCAGAUUAUCCAGAAUCUCUCCCGACGGAAGAAGUAGAUUUUAUCGCGUUGAUUCUGACUUACAAUUAGAAUCGACGCUUUCGGACUCAUCCAGAUCGUACAGUUGGAGAGAAUCUCUUGCUUCCUCUGGUAGAAGAAGCAUCGACGAUUACAUGGACUACAAAUUACGCGAGAGUUCGUUAAACAGAUCUCUGUACGACGUUGGCUCUUAUUACGGAACGAGAAGACGAAGGGAAGAACGCAUCAACAGGGCAAGGUCCAUCAGCUUGUUGAAAUACGACGAGUAUUACAUGGGCGAUACCGAUUCCACCCUUUCUUACAGCUCGUCUAGCAAGCCUCCUAGAUGUGGCAGAAUAAAGAUUCCUUCUCACAUCGAGUACGAUGAUCUUGAUUCGAGUAGUUUCGACAGCAUUAUGCAAGAUAAAGGAAAGAAGCCGUCGUUCUGCACGCGACUUACAAACAGAACGGUGGGCGAAGGUAUGAGAACGAGAUUAACGUGCACCGUUUUGGGACACCCGGAACCACGCGUUUACUGGAGAAAGGAUGGCCAAGAAUUAUCUCCUACGUCGAAUAAAUAUCAGACUCGAUUCGACAAUGGCAUGGCUUAUUUCGAAUUGAACGAGGCUCGCGUUGAGGACUCCGGCGUGUACACCUGUAUCGCAGAAAACAUUCACGGAUCCACGUCCACCGAGUCGACCUUGAAAGUCUACAGAGACUUUGUACCACCGUUGUCGCCACCGACAUUUACGAAAUCCAUCAGAGACACAUAUCGACAUUCCGAUCACGAAUUAGCGUUAGAAUGUCGAGUCCGUGGAUACCCAAGCCCUACUAUUUCCUGGUUGAAAGAUGGAAAAGUCCUCGAUGAUGCCAGAUAUACUCAAAAGUAUUUAGACGAUGGUAUUUAUCGAUUAGAGAUAUCGAAUCCCGAUGCUUCGGACAGUGGACGUUACGUUUGCAGAGCGACGAACGAAAUGCAAUCCGCUGAAAUGUCGCACACCGUACACUUCGAAGGACGAGAUCGAAGAUCUGCUUAUAGAAGCAGGCGUAAUCGAAUCACGGAGGACGACACGAGCGUCGAAGCGUCGAGGCGGCCUCGCUUUUCGAGUUUCCUAAGCGACCACAGUGUACCUACCGGUGGUACUAUCGCUCUUCAGGUCGAAGUCAAAGGAACGCCAGUACCGGAGGUGAGAUGGUUGCACGGAGAACGAAAAGAACCGAUUUCGAUGUCAAAAGCAAAGACUUUCACGGAAUCUGGCGUUCAUACUCUGAUUGUCCCUGAAGCAACCGAAUCUGAAAGAGGUACCUACAUCUGCAGAGCUGUGAACGCUUAUGGAUACGUUGACACUGCUGCUACGAUCGAAAUAAUAUCUCCCGGUGCGAUCGAUGGUGGAAAACCGGCAAUGUUCGUUUCUAGACCUUCGGAAAAAUCAAUCGCGGUGGCUAUUGGAGAAGAUGUCAGUGUAUCUUUUAGAGUCACGGGUGUUCCGAAACCUCGAGUAACAUGGAUGAAAGGUAUGAAAGAUAUUACGGAUGGUCCGAGAUCGUACAAAGAAGCUAUCGAUGACUAUGUUAGAUUGACAUUGAAAAGAGCGACACCAUCCGACGAAGGUACUUAUUGUAUUUUGGUGAAGAAUCGAUAUGGAUGCGAUAGGAGUUUCUUCUCGAUCUGGAUUAAGCAAAGAGCGAGAUCUCUAACGCCGUUACCCGACUGGAAUCGCUCUGAAGCAGGAAGUAUUCAAAACGAGGAUGAAUUGUCUUACAUAAAAGAUGUCCCUGGGCCAGUCAGCAGCGAGCCAGUUGUCGUCGAUGGAGGAAAAAAUUGGUUGUCCUUGAGUUGGGGCAAGGCCGAGAGGAGAGGGCCAGCUCCGGUCAUCGCCUAUAAGGUGGACGCAUGGUUGGUGGGCGGGGAUGGUGGUGCUCGUUGGGUCGAGCUGGGCGUCACACCGAUAAACGCCUUAGACGCGUUCAAUCUCCGUCCAGGUGGAGAAUACAGAUUUCGUGUCACCCCACGAAAUCGAUAUGGAUGGGGCGAAUCCGUGACGACGUCGAAUUCCUUCACGGUCAGCGAAGUCGUUGAUCUUCCGGAAUUCAUCAAAAUUCUCCCUGGCCAAUUGAAGGCUCUCGAGGGCUCGACGAUCAAAUUGGAAUGCGAGAUUCGUGGAGAUCCAAAUAUAAAUGUCAAAUGGUAUCGCGAAACAGCCGAGAUCGAUCCUAACAACGAUUCGCGAUAUUCCGUCGGUAGGAGAGGUUUAAGGUGUUCUCUUGCCAUAGAAGCUAUAAAAGAAGAUGAUUCCGGCAGAUAUAUUUGCGAGGCAUCGAAUAAAGUUGGUAAAGUGUCAUCUUUCGCUAGAGUACUCGUUGUCACCGAUCCGAAGAUCAUCGAAGCGGAUGAGAAACUUAGAUCUAGAAUUUUGGGAGAUGAGCGAGAAGAAAGACCACCGCAGUUCGCCAUGAGAUUACGGGAUAGACGGGUUCAAGUUACUUAUCCCGUACGCUUAACGUGUCAGAUUAUUGGUUAUCCCGCUCCCGAGAUAAUUUGGUUUAAAAAUGCCGUUGAAAUUACUCAAGACGAACGUCACGUUUUUUGGAACGACGAUUCCAACUUUCACACUCUAGAGAUAAUUCAUUCGACGCUCGAGGACUCUGGAUGUUACAUGGUGACGGCAAAAAAUAUCCAUGGUUCGGUGUCCUGUCGAUCUAUCCUCGUAGUCGAUAAAGGAAUUCGUGCUUACGUUGCCCCUGAAUUUCUCUAUGGCCUGGAUGCAGCCUAUGCUGUAAGAUUAAACGACGAAUUACGAAUGUCAGCUCGGAUCGAAGCUUAUCCUAGCGUGGGUGUAGUAUGGCAUCGCGACGGAUUGCGUCUUCGGCCUAGUAGAAGAACUAUCAUGACCUUGAACCACGACGGUACAGUCGAAUUAUCUUUGGCCAAAGUUACGAGCAGGGACGCUGGUGUUUACAGUUGUACCGCGAUCAAUGAAGUUGGCCGUGCUGAGACAUCAACGAGAGUCAACGUUAUUAUCGGAAUCGACGAAGCAGACGACAAACAGAUCGAAUCUCUUAUCGAAGGAUUGCCAACGGUGACCAUCGCUUCUCCCGAUGUGCCAUAUUCAAAGGAACCGCUAUUUGUUACGAAACCUUUAUCAACCGAGGCUCUCGAAGGAGAUACGGUCAUUAUACUUUGCGAGGUCGUUGGUGAUCCUAAACCGGAAGUUAUCUGGUUGCGCGAUUUCCUUAAGCCCGAUUACUAUAGAGACGCUCCUCAUUUUCGGUUGGUGGAUAACGGUCCUCAAUACAGAUUGGAAAUACCUCACGCGAAGCUCGACUUUACCGGAACGUAUUCGGUGAUCGCUCGAAAUUGUCAUGGAGAAGCGAAAGCCAUAAUUUCUUUGCAAAUAUAUGCCAAAGGUCAAGGAAAAGAGACGACGAUGAAAAAGUCGCCGAUUACGCACGGGAAAGUGCUCACCCUGCCUAUGGUAACCAGGGAACUCAGAGAUAUAAGAUGUUGCGACGGCGACGCUGUCACUUUGGAGUGUAAAUUUCUUGCCACGCCCGAACGACCCAACGUUCGUUGGGAAAAGGGUGGAAAGGUAAUAACCAUGGGUAACGAUUUUACGAGUGAAUUCGACGGCGAAGUGGCACGUCUGAGCAUCCAACACGUAUAUCCUGAGGACGAGGGAGAGUACACGUGUGUCGCUUACAACGAACUUGGGAAGGCAUUCACGUCGGCUUGUCUCGUCGUCGAUGUUCCCGAGGGCAAAGAAAACGUACUGAGCGAAAGAUUAUCACGACCGAUCGGUCUACUAUCGGCCGGAUCAACGCCUCGAUCGACUCCACGAUCCACGCCUAUCAGAAGUUUAUCUCCUGCGGUUUCCCACGGCCGCGAACUCAGGUCUCCUCAAUUUCCUCCACGACGUGGUUCGACGAUAAAACGACCAAAGAUCAGUCCACCGAAAUUUUAUUCUGUACCGCACAAUCGAGUGGUCGAAGAGGGUGAAACCGUGCGUUUUCAAUGCGCGGUCGUCGGUCAUCCAACGCCCUGGCUGAAGUGGGAUAAAAACGGAAUCGUUGUCACGCCGACCGCAAGAAUUUCCAUCGUAGAAAAGGACGACGUGAAGAUCCUGGAGAUCGGAGAGGUUACGCAAGAGGAUGCCGGUCUUUACAGAGUUACCUUGGAAAACGAUUUUGGUAGAAUCGAGGCUAGUGCUCGACUCGAAGUGAUAAAUCGGCACGGAUCUUACGGACGAACUGUAAGAACUAGAAGCGCCUCUCCGAGGAUUCAUCCUUCUUUUUCUCGAAGUCUUCUCGACACGACUACGAGGAUGGACGGCCGUUUACGACUGCAAUGCGGCCUGAGAGGAACCCCUAGUCCGACGCCCACGUGGUAUAGGAACGGACGACCUUUGCCCCGUUCGAAUAGAAUAAAGAGGCACUUUGACGGUAAAACCGCGAAAAUCGAAAUUUCGAAAGUAAAAGCGAGCGACGCCGGCGAAUAUGCUUGCGUGGCAACGAACGUCCUUGGUUCAGCGAGGAACACCUGUCAGGUAACCGUACUCGAUCCACGCGAUUCUUCAACCUUGGACAAAGAACCCCCGAAAUUCUUGCAAGCGCUUCCCGAAGAGUCGAUCGUCAUGGAGGGAAAUUCUUAUGAACUUCGUACCAAACUUGCUGGUACUCCUCCGUUCUCGAUCAAUUGGUUGAAAGAUAAACGCGAGAUACCCGACGACGAUCUUCAUAAUUACGUUUCGCACAGCGACGGCGGAAUCGCCCUUAGACUCUCCGAUACCCAUCCACGAGACGCUGGAGAGUACGCUUGCAUCGUUCGAAACGAAUUCGGAGAAACGUCUUGCGGCGGUCUCCUUGCUGUUCAAGAUUAUAAGGCUAUUCCGAAUCUCGCGCCACGAUUCACUAAAACGCCGCUAACUCGAAUCGUCUCGAAGGGCGAGACCGCGUGUUUCUGCGCACGAGUACAGUGCGGAAAGCCAAUGGACUUUUCGUGGACUAUUAACGGAAAAGACGCCAGGGAUAAUGCUAGAUGCAAGAUCGAGAUAGACGAAAAUGUCAGCAUUUUGAAGAUACGCGACGUCUCCUCGCGAGACACGGGUGAAAUUCGCUGCACAGCUUCCGUCCUUGGGAAUGGUCCAUCGAUCUGCUGUACGACGGAAUUGCGAUUGAACCGGGCUUCGUGUACGUCCGAAAAUCGCACUUCGAAUUCGAAGAAAGAAAGAAAGAUAUCUCAUAACCGUGAAAAAUCACCGUCUCCGUCGUUUAAUCGUACGCCCGACUCCAAACUCUUCCAGACUCUUUCGAGCUCUCUCAGAAGAUCUAAAAAGGAACAGCAUUUCCUUUCGACGAACGUUUCCCAUCAAAAGGAAGAAAGAUUCAAACGCACCAGAUCGUCCUCGCUUCCUUUAAGAACGAAAGCCUCGAGUCCUAAACGACUGUCUCCGUUACCGAAGGAGAAAAAUGCAGUUCCUUCGACGGAGUUGCAUAUCUCGAAGACGAAGAAAGACGAAUCGAAUGAGAUAGACGUAAUGCCAUUUACGUGCGUAGAACGAUCUCUGUUAACAUCGAGAACGGAUAACGAAUGUAUAAAAGUUGACGACGAAUUGGACGAAUUUGUAGCAGCUGCGAUCGUUAAGGCUCCCACCGACGUAAAAGUCUUCAGAGGUAACAAGCUCGUUCUCAGGAUUACCUAUCGUGGCCAUCCCGAGCCGCUGGUCAAAUGGUUCCGUGCGGGUCGACGAUUAACGUCCGAGGAGAAAAUUGGGAUUACCUACGGUGCCGGUGUCUCUCAUUUAACGUUGGACGAUAUAACGGCGGAUCAUGCUGGAAAAUACGAAGUGUCGGUGGAAAAUUUAUUAGCACUGGAUCGACAAUUUUUUAGUCUCGCCGUUGAAGGACCACCGGAUCCACCGACAGGUACUCCAAGCGUAACGCGUUCGAAGAAUUCGGUAACGAUUGCCUGGAGAUCACCGGCUUACGACGGUGGUUGCACGAUAACCGGUUAUACCAUCGAGAUGAAUCGACGAGAAGAAAACUCCUGGACGGUCAUUGCUGAAUCCUGUCAUUCUCUGAGUCACACGGUGCUCGCAUCGUCAAACGAUUCUAUCGUCGCUGGUGAAAGCUACCGUUUCAGGGUCAGGGGGGAAAAUAUUCAUGGGGUCGGUGAACCCAGUGCUCGGUCCGAACUCGUUAGGAUACCUCGAGAAGGAGAAACGAUUUUACAGAACGAGGAAGAGGAAGAAUUCGCAGCAGCUUUCGAAGCUCGCACGGUUCGUGCGGAGGACUCGCAAUCGUUCGUCGACAGAUACGAUGUCUUCGAAGAACUCGGGAAAGGCCGCUACGGCGUCGUUAAAAGGGUCGUCGAAAAGUCGUCGAACGAAAGUUUCGCCGCGAAAUUCGUUAGAACGAUCAAGAGUAAGGAUCGAGAACAAGUUCGCGAGGAAAUAAACAUUAUGAAUAGACUCAGACAUCCGAAGCUUCUGCUUCUAGCAGCCGCUUUCGAGGGUCCUCGAGAAAUCAUAAUGGUCACUGAAUACAUUUCCGGUGGCGAACUUUUCGAGAGAGUCGUGGCAGAUGACUUUACUCUGACCGAACGAGACAGCAUGCUUUUUAUGAGGCAGAUUUGCGAGGGCGUCGAGUACAUGCAUAAAAAUAAUGUCGUCCAUUUAGAUCUGAAGCCAGAAAAUAUAAUGUGCCGAACGCGAACUUCCCAUAAAAUCAAGCUCAUCGACUUCGGAUUAGCGCAAACCCUUAAACCGGACACACCGAUCAGAGUCUUGUUCGGUACACCAGAGUUCAUACCACCUGAAAUUAUAAGCUACGAACCAAUUGGGACCGAGUCGGAUAUGUGGAGCGUCGGCGUCAUCUGUUACGUACUAUUAACGGGGCUGUCGCCUUUUAUGGGUGACAACGACGCCGAGACGUUCGCGAAUAUAACGAGAGCCGAUUACGAUCUGGACGAUGAAGCUUUCGACGCUAUUUCGAACGAUGCCAAAGACUUCAUCACUGGUUUACUUGUUAAACGAAAAGAAUCGCGCAUGUCGUCGAGACAAUGUCUGGAACAUCCGUGGAUGGCCCAACAUGCUGAAAGUAUGAGCAGGGUGGCAUUACCAACGGACAAGUUAAAGAAAUUUAUCGUACGUAGAAAGUGGCAGAAAACAGGAAAUGCCAUUCGUGCGCUAGGAAGAAUGGCGAUUCUUUCGGCAAACAGUAAAAAAAGCCCAGCGACGACGGCAGAGUGUUCGGAGACGUGUGAUUCGACCAACAAUACGGACAACUUCGUUAUCGAUGAAAGAGAAAAAUCUUUUGACCCUUCGACGAAUACGGAUAGAAACGAUGCGAAUGAUACGAUGAACGAGCUAGAAGAGAAUUCGAACUCCUCGUUCGAACUCGAAGGAACGAAACGGAAAAGUAGCCUGUACUCGUUUUGUUACAAAACGGAAGUAAAUAUUUCAUUGCAAGAAGAAUCGGACGGUGAAGUAGGUAAGGACAAAGACGAGGACGAAAGGGAGGAAAUAUUUUCUGCGAUCGAUAACGUAUAUUUGGAAAGUACGGGAGGAAACGAAUUGGCGACGGAAGAAGAGCAUUUCGAGGGACGAGACUCGGCGAAUGUAGAAAGGAAAUCAUCGGAAACCGAUACAGAUUCCGUAUCUGGUAGAUUUCAAAAUCAACGACGAGUGUUUCGAGGAGACUCGCGUGAUUCCGGAAUUGCCGAUUGCAAUUCGAAUUUAGCUACUUCGUCGUUGCAAUUAGACGAGUUGGGAAUCGUUUCGAUCAUCGAAGAGGAAACGGACAGCGAGACUAGUUCGAAAUCUUCGAGAGACGAUACAGGGAGUACCGAAGCUACCUCGCAAAGUAACCUAAUUAAAGCUUCGCGCGAGACUAAUCCCGUCCAAGAAGACGCCAAUAAAAAUCAGGAUGCAAGGAUGAUCGUUGCUCGCAAUCGAGAAAAAUUCGUUCCUACGGGGAACGUCAGUCGUACAGCAAAGAUGUUUGAACAGGAGGCAGCGUCCUUAAAAUCAUCGGCAGCCUCUCAAAUUCAGAUUGUACAUCGCGCCUAUCCGACAGCAACGAUGGCCACUGGUAAACCGCACAACGAGAGGAUACAAAGAGUUUUUGCCUUUUGGAAUAAAUAAGAAGACUUUUUUAGUUGUGUCCAUUCUUUUUGUUUAUCGAUGAGAUAUAUGAAGUUUUUCGAAAAUUGACGGCACCGUAUUUAAUUUUUUCAUUUCAUCGCCUACUCGCGCGCACCCGCACACACACAUCAAAACACACAAUUAUAAUCGAACACAAGUGUUAUGCGAAUAAGAAUCUUCUUAACCAGUUAGCUGUCAUUGACGAGUAUACUCGUCAGGGAGAAAUGGCAAUAUUUUUCUGUUGCGUUACGACGAGAAUAUUCGUUAUUCGUCGAUGUAAAAUGUAGUUACCAUUUGUUAUUUAAGUUAAGUAAAUAAAUAUUAAUAAUAAAAUUAUUAAUUUCAUAAAGGACUAAAAAUCAUUUGAUUACAACUCAAUAUUAAAACAGCUACGCGCGUUCGACGAGUAUACUCCUUAUCGCUUCAUUUUUGCUACACUUUUCCGUGCGCACUUUUACAAUAGAGUGACACAGCCAACUGGUUAAGGUAUUAGUCAAGUUUCUUCGAUAAGACCGAAUAAUGGAAAAGCUAUCGUGUCUUGUUGUUGAUCGUGUCUAUAAUGUUCAUGUAGAUACUUACUUUUAGUGAGAAAUAAAAUUUAUUCAAGUAUUGUUAUAA